UCACAGCAUCACGAGGCACAUCAGCAUCAACUGCAACAGCAAUCACAGCAACAACAGCAGCAGCAGCAGCUUUCAGGUCCCGCUGGUCUACAGGAAUCGAGAAUGUAGACUGAAAAAAUCUUCUGUUCGAUAUCAGCCCAACUCAGAAAAUACCUUCAAGUCAACUAUGCACGCACGGCGGCACUUUGUACUAUCGAUUCUUUUUGAUAACUAUACAUAGCUUAAAUGCUCUAACCACCGUUAACUUUUUCUAUCCACACUGCUAAUGCGCUGCGUACUGCUCAUGUGGCUCAAAGAAAAACAAGCACUAUUGCUUAAUGAUGAAAUGUUUCGAACCCGGUGCUAUCUUCGUUGAGCAUCGUUGCUUCAGACGGUUGGCGUUCUCGUCAAGGGGUGACAAACUGUAUCUACGAUUGACAUCAACCGCUCUAGACCAUGUCACCAAAAGUUCUCAAGGUUUAAUAGGCAAACUUGUUGGAACUACACUAUUAACAGCAAAGGAUCUGGUUAUACGAGUUCAGUCACGCGGCUACAGGUUGCAGACGCUAUCGACUUUGAUCGCCGCGAGCAACAUCUCAUAGAACUGUAAUAGCCAUCUGUCACUUCGACAGUUCGUGAAUAAAAACAAAAAAAAUCAAGAGCGAUGACAAAAGUCGAUGAUAGUACUUGGACGUGGUAAUAUUCAGUACUAAGCGUGGGACUUAUUUGUAACAGGUACAAGAAAAAAAACUGAGUUGCCUGAGACUGGAUGUAAUGUAGACCUGUAAGAUUGUGACAGAAACGAAGGAUCAAUGAAGAUAAGAUUAUUUUAAAAAUCACUAUAACUUAGAUGAGAGAGCAGUAGUAAUGUUAAAAGUGUAGACAUCGAUGGUGUAAUGAUGGCGGACAUAACGUCGUGUAUUUAUAACAGAUGGUCAUUUUGUUAUUUAGGGAUGUUUCAUGGUAUGGGUAAGCGUAAACGCCAUUCUUGUACUGGUUAUGUAUAAAUGGCUAUUAUUGCUGUUAUUAUUGUGUGCACUACGUAAUAAUCAUAUAGUAAGUAGUGUUAUUCAGUCAAAAGAACAAUUAAUUCUAGUACGUGCAGGUAAAUGUCACAGACACCAGCCUGCGGAGUUGUUUGUGUGUAAAAUUGGCACUCGACUUAUGGACUAAUUCGACAGAGGUGGUCAGUUAAGUUAUAAAAUGAAUGGCAGGAGCUGAAUACCGACAAUAAGUAAUCCUGUUGAAAUAUAUUAUAAACACUGAUCAGUUUGCUGCCAUACCGGUGACACCUGAUAAUAUUUUUCGAUUGUAGCAUACGUUGGCAAUUGUAUGUGAUGUAUUUGAGAAAAUUUUAAUCUUUUGAACGUUCGUUUUGUUUAACAAUAACUGUAUUUGCCUUUUCGAUAACUUUAUCUAGGUACUAUUUUUCAAGUUGGCUUAUUUGGAUUCACAACUCGUUUGUUGAUCAAUAGUGUAUUUCGAUCUUCGAAGAUGGCGUCCGACAAAUUAUAAGCCGUCAAAUCUAGCGGAGGCUUCGGCAGGAGGAUUUGAACAUGCGAUCUUUCGAAUAAAGGGCAUAUUUGAUGUAAGCUUUAUUCCGUUCUAAUUAGCUGUGUUUGUCUCUGGGGGAUACAGCAGUAUAUGAGCCUGUGUCUCUGGGUGACGAUCAUCAAAAUGUGUGUUCAAUGGGCAUUCUGCCGAGAAAUAGUGAAGCUGCUUAUGAACAUAUUGAUGUAAGAUAUGUCGAAAGUGCUUUUCAAUUUAGAUGAAUAUAAUUCGUACCCCGUAGCUGUACAUAACUGAAUAAUCUCCUUGAUUGUACGUCAAAAGGCGUCAGGAAAUCCAGCCACAAAUUUUAGAGCCUACCAUCGGUCUAAUGGUUAAAGAGGAAUAUCCAACAGCGGCGGAAGUCGAACGGACGGAUAGGGAUGUCUUUCCUGUUCCAUCGCAGCAAUCUGGACAGAGUGACGCGACUAGUAGGAUACUAAGGGCUGGAUUUUCUCAGAUCGGCGGCGAUCUCAGAUAUGAUAGCACCGCCGUCCCUGAUGUAACACCCAGACCUGAGGGCGACCUGGUCUCGCUGACGUUCAGCUGUAACAAAUGUGAAAGCUUCGCGACAUUUGUUGAAGAGGAACUUUCAAAACACCUAUUGGCAUGCAGGAAAAAGCGACGGAUAUCUAAGAAAACUAGUCUAGCCAAGCUGGGCAACGACGUCCUACAGAGUCCUGGUUCGGCGGCCAGCAAUCCCCGUAAGACGUCGGCAGAAGUGUUAGACGAUAAUGCUAAUGAAACGGUCGUUCCCGUGGGUCCUGAAGGGGACGUUGCCGAUCCGGCCUCUUCAAUCAUUGGUCCUCACAGAUGUGACGAAUGUCCAAGGACAUUCCAAACCCUUGGCAGUCUAGUUCACCACAGAAACCAGGAUCACUCCGGUACAGUCUGGUGCCAAAUUUGCCUUCAGCCGUUACUCUCACAACGACUUCUCGAUUAUCACCUGGCAACGCACGUACCCCAACAGCAGACUCAAAACGCAGACCCACUCCAGUGCAUCAUCUGCCACGGACGAUUUGAUACUGAAGGCCGAGUGCGAGUCCACCGUAGGCGAUUACUACGUAUUCAAGGAACAAAUACACUUUAUUACUGUCAUGUUCGUGACUGUCACAAGCGUUUCACGCAUGAACGAGACCUGAUGGGACACAUUGUCCACGACCAUCCCAAUCUCGACAAAUGCGAGUUUAAGAAAUGAAUCGUAAACCGACUUAUAUAUCUUAAACGUUUCGCCCGGCAGAAUGCUGAAAGACUCUGUUUAUCUUGGUGUUUAUGUUAUUGUUGUUGUUGAAAUAACAUUGAAUCGAAACGACGGAUCACUGGUUAGAUGGAAAAUCACUACGAAUUUCAACGCUAAUUGUAGGAUUGUCACUUGUGGAACUAAAUUUUAUCUUAGAAUAAGUAUGGUAAUGCUUGAGCUUUUCAUGUAUGUUAAGUGGCCUGAAAAUAAACGUACAAAAGGACAGAUAGCGACCAGCCUUCGAUAGCAUCUGUCGAUGUACCUGAUUUUAAUAUAGGCCGUAAUAGUGAACAGUAAUUAGGCCGUCAAAGUCUCUAAUGCUGCAGUGUUUGUAGAUAAUAAUAACUAAACAAGUGAAUAAGUGAAAGUGGAUGACACGUUAAGAUGUUUGACAUAUCAAUUCAGUAA